UGAAUAUGGUGGAUGCUAUUCGACUGGAGGAGAAGGCUAUUCUGUGAUUGGGAAACACUGAUCAUCUAGAUUGGAGGAAGGAGGUAUAUAUGAUCAAAUCAAGAUUGGCAAGAAUCAGAAGAUGAGUGAUAGAAAAACGCUGCGUUCGAGAACAAGAGGUCGUAGGCCUCCAGUAUCUUACAGCUGUGAGGAGGAUGAGACAGACACGAGCACGGCGUCGGACCAGAACACCGACCACUCGCCUACGGGCCGCCAGAGCAAGGUCAAGUGUAAGGGUGGUUAUUGUAGCGACUCUGGGACCGCCUACAACCACCGGAGACAGAGGCUGCCUCCCAUCGGUGUGUUCUGGGACAUAGAAAACUGUCAGGUACCUAGAAACAAGUCAGCUGCAGGGGUAGCUCAAGUUAUCCGAGAAGAAUUUUUCUCGGGUUACGAAGAGAGUGAGUUUGUGGUGGCCUGCGAUGCAAACAGAGAGUCACAACAAGUGGUGAAUGAGUUGAAUGAUGCACAGGUGUGUGUGUUGCACGUUCCGUCCCAGAGUAAGAAUGCGGCAGAUGAGAAGUUGAGGCAUGGGAUGCGCAAGUUUGCUCAUACGCACGGCUCGGGCUCGGCUGUAGUGCUCAUAUCGGGAGACGUCAACUUUGCACCCGACCUCUGUGAUCUUAGACAUAGGUAUAAGAUAUAUGUGAUACUAGUCCAUAAUGAUAGCUGUUCUGAGUCGCUUAUCAUGUGUGCCCAUGAGACUUACCGCUUCAGUAAUCUGGUAGCCAACCUGCCGAUGAGAAGCAAUGUCAGCACAAACCAGCCGUCGGAAGUGACGGUGAGUGGGCUGCCAUUGCAUCAUGACGCGGGGAAGGUGAGAGCUAGACUGAAGCGGUUGGCGGAGAACUGUGGAGGCAGGGUGGGGCUAGUGGUGGGGACACGGGCUACAGUGCAGUUCAGCUCCAUGGAGUUUGGCAUCAGGGCUCAGAAGAGGAUGGACGGAGAAGAUGUUUUUGGUUCUCAGAUUGCUGUGAGCCAUCCGGUUAUUGUCAACAACCCACAGCGCUCCAAUGAGCAGUCUCCAAUCAAAUAUUUUAAAAAACCUGUACUCAACGGAUUCAAGUAUGAAGACAAAAGAGUUCCUCACGUUGAAGACCAGAGGAGUUUUCACAAGCCUAUUCCUCCGUUCAACAACAGUACAAAUCAUCAGAGCAACGGAGUGUUUAAAAAACCAUUCCCUGUCAGGAAUUUAUUCAAUCAAGAAAACGUUCCAGUGAAUUCUAAAUUCAACCAACCAACAUGGGAACGAACACAAUCACAACAGAAUGGACUUCCAGUUGCUUCAUCGUACCCAGGCAAACAGAACAGUGGAAGUAAUUUUCCUGCUUAUGAGCCUAGGACAAAUGAAGGAUACUCUAAUGGAAGGCAUUCGCUAGAUUCCAUGCUAGAUUUUGAUCCUGACCGAGAAGAGAGAGAAAAAGAGUCAAACGCAACUUUUGAAAACUGGCUUAGAAACAGCACCAGCAAUUUGGACAAGAAGGUUGUUCCCGUGGUGAAGGUGAACACUACCAUCCCGCCUCCGCCCAUUGUCAACCUCCCAAGGAGAAAUGACAAGUAUUUCUUCCACCCUAUUGACACCAUGACUAACGGACACCCAGUAAGCUCCCCAUCUCCUGCAUCUUCCUCUGAUUCGUCAGAACCAGCCAGAUGCUGGAUACACAGUGGUGUACAGAGUAAAGACUGCUCAUUGGCCAGUGUCACUGUCCGUCUAAGUGAUUUCUCCACCAGAAUCAUGGCGUUGGUUACGUCUCACAAUAACAGAAUACCCCUCUCCAGUCUGCGGGAUUGUUAUGAGGCACAGUUUGAGAUGAUGGCAUCAGACUCCAGGAGUGUAACCUUAGAACACUUGGUGACCUGUGUGUGCAGUGUGGAGGUGGUUAAGUCCUCCAGUGGCAAAUAUCUCCGGCUGGCGACCAACGUCUCCCCUACCUUCUCGGAUUCACCGGUGAUGGAAGAGCCUUUGCUCCAGUUGUCCAAAGAUCUUCAAAACCUGUUGAAGAAUCAGCCAAGGUGCCAGAUUGCGUUUGACAAUGUGAUUGCUGUAUACCACAAAGCCUAUGGGAAGCCAUGCAAACUUUCUGACUACGGAUGUACCAAAUUGGUACAGCUGGUUGACAAACUUUCUCACACAAUUCAGGUGUUGGGAGAAAAGACAGACAGAGUGUUGACGCUGACUCACCGCGCUCAAGUGCAGCGCUUCACCUCUGACUUGUCUCAAGUGCUGUUGUCUACACCAAGUGGACAAAUAACCAUCCGUGAACUGCCUCAGAUGUGGUUCACAACUUUAGGACGUACAGUGGAGCCCAAAGAUUACGGUUUAUGCUACCUGGAGGAUCUGCUGGGCUUUGUACCUGCCAACAUUGCAGUAGUGACAGGAGAAUCAAUAUCACUGCCUUCUACAUCACAGCGUACUGGGGAGCAGUCCAGGCGACUGGAGCUGUUGGUUACACAGAUUAUAGAACUGCUGAGCAAGGAAGCCAACUUCAAGAUGGACUUUGCAAAGUUCUGUCCGGCUUACCAUAAACAUUUCGGAACUCAGUGCAAACUCUCAGAUUACGGAUUCUCCAAGUUGGCAGAACUUUUUGAAGCCAUUCCAAAAAUUGUAACAAUUGAGGAAGAUAAAGAGACGGGUCGCCAGGUGUCUCUGACUCACCCAGAGAGAUUGCGGGUGUUGUCUGGUCGGGUCAAGUCUCUUGUAGUGGCCAAACACCCGCCGGGUCUGUAUGUCGAUGGGUUGGCGUGUGAGUACCUGUUCAAAUACGGCCACGCCCUGCGACCUCACAACUACAACUGUUCUUCAGUACUUGAGCUGGUCAAGAAACUGGAUACAGUCAAGGUUUUAAUGUACGGAUAUGAAAAACCGAUCUUAGUGCCAGAGACUGCUGAACAAGGAGCAAAUGUGAAAAAAGGCAAGCCAAAGUCUUGCCAACCAAAAGCCAAUCAGGAAGUGAAAAUUCCUGGAAAUAAAACAAAGACCAACGGAGAUGUAACCGGUUCAUCAGCAGCUUUGCUUGAAUUGCUAAAAAAAGCACAAAACUCUCCAUCAGGUAGCAACGGUGUUAAGAGUGUUGGGUUGUACAACCAAUUAAAGCCAAUGAAAGCAGAGCAAGGGCAGGUGAUGUUGCUCUCACCAGCUGAGUUUCUGCGACCUCCCACUCAUGUCAAGAAACCGAUGUAUGCGAGCAUAUUCCCGUCCUCACCUGACCCAUCCACGCUGCCGACCCCUGUGGGCUUCACACUAGCAGAGGCCAGCAAUGUAGGCCUACUUGACCUCGGUGUCAAAUUACUGGAAGAUAUUGAGGUGACCGAUCACAACCGAUGUAUGCAAGGAGCAAAGUUGGCCCCGCAGUUUUGUUCCCCCCUGCAGCUCAAGUAAGUUGAGUGACGCCGACCCAAUUAGUCUUUCAUAACAUUUCCGUAACUCAAAGAGGGACUAGUUAUAUCUUUGAUACUUUUUUUAAUGAAAGUACUUUUCCAACCGAAGAGACUAUUGUGGCAUUUCCCGACGAAGAUUCCUUCUUAUCUUUCUUCGAUCAGGACCAUCUUAUAGAGAUUUAUUAUAGUUUUAUUUACAAAGUAUUUUUAGACUGGUAUUGUGAUUAGAUACUUUAUUUAACGCCAACCUCUGCACAUAUGAUGUCGAUAUUUUUUUUUAGUUUUUGAUUUUAGAUUUAGUACCUAGGCAUAUCAAGUGAAAGGGUACGGAAAUCGAAGGAAACUUUCAAGUUCUAUUGCUUGAUGUGUUAUUAAGAGUUUUGGUAAAUUAGAAUUGUCGUUUGAUGAAUGAAAAGUCUUUAAAGAUUAUAAGGAUGGAUUAUAAGGAUGGAUGCAGUUUGGAUUAUGUAAUCGUUUUACAAAUUAAUUUAAGAUUUUUGCUUUUGAAUCAUACCAAUUAUCACUAUUAGAGUUGAUGAUCAUUAAAAAUCUUGUGAUUAUCAAGGUAACUAAAGUAAGGUUAUUAAAUUAAGAGUGGUUGCAGUUUUUGAACGUAUUGUGUUUGUUAUGUUAGGCUGGUCUUAUUGGGCAAAAUCCAACAGGGAUGUUUAAAACUUGGUUAAAAACUCAGUUGAAUUUUGUCCAGUAACAAACGUGUAUGGAGUUUUGUUAGAUCUACCACAAGACCAAAUAAUAGUAGUAAUAGUGUUUAGUUUUAGCUUCUAUUUUUUUUUUUUGUUAACAGAAAAGGAAAAAAGGUAAAAAAUAUAUUUGUUAUACAAUAUCAAUAUGUUGAUAUUAGAUUCCUUUGACUGUGGUUUUCGGUUAGGUGAUUAAAUUGAUGUUAAGGUUGAGAGUGAUUUUAAUGAAUUUCUCAUUCUUAAUGUUUUUAAUGACUCAUUAGAGUUUAAUAUUGUAAUUUUCUUAGUUAUGUCCUUUGUAAAGAUUAUAUAUGUAUUUAAUUUUAAACUGUUGAGUAUGAGUAUAUUGAAUGAAAUAAUACAAGUUGAUUCUUGUAAUGAAAAGUCUUUGGGAUUAAGGGAAAUUCCUAUAAUAAAACUUUUCUUUGUAAAUUUGAAAUUAUAAUCAAUAAUAUAGAUUUAUAUAUUUAAUUUUUUUUUUAUUGUUACAAAUGAAUUUAGGAUGUCUGAAAAUACCGCCUAAUGAAACUAUUUGUAAUUCUCAAUAAUGUAGAAGAUUUUUCAACUUAGACUAUUCAUAUCCAUACAAUAAUGUAUAUAUUUGUUCAAAAUUUAAAUAAACAUAAAACUUUUUAAUUUUUUUUAAUUUGAAAAAAAUGGAUUUUUUGUAAAGUGUAAUUUUUACUGAAAUGGGCGAGUUAUAGAUAUUUGAACCACCGUUUCCUCAAUCCUCAUAAUACUCUUGAGUCAAUUUAUUAAUUUUAUUGAAAGCUUAACUCAAUAAAAUAAAUAGUUCUCAAUUGACUUUCCACUUACAGUCUUAACAAAGUUUAGUUUCUCACACCACUCCUUCCAUGAUGAAAAUCCCAAGACCCUAGGGUAUUAAAAAAAUGAAAACUUGUCUUUUAGGCCUACUAAACUAGACCGUAUGUAAAUGGUCCGGUGAAAAUAGUUAAAGCUGUUAUUUUAAAGAAAUUCUGCAACAUCACAUAAACUAUCAUCAAACCAUUUCUAUUUGGUCUAUUCUGAUUCCAGAUUUAAAAUUAGGUACAUGAACUUUUAACAAGUUGGUCCAGAGGAACAAAUGUUAAUAGUUAUAUUUGUGUUAGAGAUAUAAUUAAUUUUGUUAUAUCCAGCAUUUAUUUUCACUUCCUAAUCUUUUACAUUAACUAUUUAAAACUACAAAAAACAGUUGGUAGUACAAUACAACCCUGCUAAUCCGUCACCUACGGGACCGGGACCUUGGUCGCAACAGUGAAAAUCUUUAAUUAUCCGAGGCACAUAUUAAUGACUGUUUUUGCUUGUCUGACAUUUACUGUAACGGAAACCGUAACUGUUCCAUUAUUUGUGUUCAAAAUUAUAUUUUACUAUAGUUGACUAUAAAUACAGUAAAGGUUAUAUAGUCAAUAAAUGGAGGUUAAUAAACAAUUCCUUGUUCAGUACGGAAGAGAUAUGAACAUCAUUAACACACUUAACCUAAAAGUUUCAGUAGUAUGUAAUUUAAUUAACAUAGGUUGAAGGUAAAUAAUUUUGUUUUUAUUGCCACACAGGCCCCUAUAUUUUUAGAAUGAAACCUUAAUUUUCAAGAAACAUGAUAAUAUUAAAAUGAUCACUAUUAUCUUCAACGAUCAUGACAAAAUCAUGGACUUCUUGCGUGAUCCUGGGUACAUUAUGGUUGUAUCUCACUGGCCACCAUCAAAUCAUGAAUACCUUCUGUGAUCAUGGUGAUUUUGGCUGUUUGGAUGACCGUCUUUCACAAUCGCGGAAAAAUCUCAGUCAAACGGAAUAAUCCACCGGAAAUCCAAACGCUAUCGACAGGCUGAUACGGUCGGUUUAAGUGAAGAGUCAGAGUAAGCGAGGUCGGAUUUGUACCUUUUGUGAAUUCUUGAAUCCAUCUAAAUGGCAUUGUCAAAGAGAUCUGAAUUACCUUAUUUACAAGCAAUCUUUUGAUGUUAGCAAAUAGAGCAUCCCAUAUAACUGAGUGUGUAAGUUUUAGAAACACAGUUUGAAAUAAUAUCCUAGGUUUUUGGGAUUUUCUCUCUGCUUCUUGAUUUUGGCUGUUUAAAAGUUUGUGUAGUAUAGUAUUUACAUUGUUUAUUUAAUAUGUAUAUAUUGAUUAUUUUAUACAGUUUUUCGUAAUUGCUUCAUGGAAACAGGAUUUCUAACAAAAUUAUUAGUGCAAUCAAAAAAUUCUGAGAUCAGUUAUUAAAAGCCUUCAGAAUAUUACCGUUUUUGUUUUCAAUAAUGUUUUACUCAUGAAACACCAUCAUAAAAAAAUCUAUGACUCGCCCUGUAAAUUCUUUGUAGCUUUAUCAAAUGUGUGGAAAGUGUAUAUACAUCGCGGAAUUCAUUUGAUAGUUUUGACAUGUUUUAAAACACCUUCUGUAAAGAUAGUUUGUAGCCAAUGUUAUGUCACUUAUUGUACAUUUGUAAAUAUCUUUUGUAAAAAUUUGCAUGUUUACAGAAUAUGUCUACUACUGCCAAAUACCAGGUUAAUGUUGUACAAAUAUUAGGGUUUAUGGUAAGUGCAGUCAUGUAAGAAAAACAUCGUUGGGUUGGCUUAAGAAGUUCCGUUGCAAUAAUGGCCAAAAAAUGAAAAUUUAUGCAUGUUUGAACAAUUAUUUUGCAUUUUCAUUCUGUUAUUAGAGCUUUAAGAUCAAUAUUUCAAUUUUUGUCAAUAUA